AUGAAAAUUUUCUAUUAGGAGAUAAAACUAAAAAAAAAUUAAACCAAAUUAAAAUUGAUAGAAUUAAUUUAUUACAAACUCUAAUUCAACCUAAAACUAAAAUACUAAAAAGACUACAAAUACCAGAUGAUUCUAUAUUAAGACAACCUAAUAAUGCAGAUUCUAAAAGAAAUAUUAAUAGUACUCCUGAAUCACAGAUAUUAUAUAUUAUUAAUCAAUAUAGAAAGAUAUUAGAUAAUGAUAGUUUAAAAAAGUUUUUAAGAUUAAAAAUCAAACCAAUAUCUGAUAUAAUUAAAAAGAGUUAUGAUAGUAGUAAAAACAAGAAAUCUUUAUUAGAUGCAUUGUAUUAUAUGUAG